AUGCCUGCCCAAACUGGAUGGAGGCAACUCAACAUCGCCGUUGUUGGAGGCGGAAUCGGAGGUCAGGCAGCCGCCACGUCUCUUCGACGACAAGGCCACGAAGUCACCAUCUAUGAGAGAGCCGACUUUGCAGGCGAAGUCGGCGCGAGCAUCUCCUGUGCCGCAAACGGAACUCGAUGGCUCGAGGAGUGGAAAGUCAACAUCGAACUUGGCGAUCCCGUGUUGCUUAAAAAACUGAUCAGUCGCGACUGGAAGACCGGUGAGCCUGUCAGCGUGUACGACCUGGCAGACUACAAGGAGCGCUGGGGAUACGUCUACAACAUGUUUCAUCGCCAAUAUAUGCACAAGAUGCUGAUGGACAGCGCCCUUGGUGAGCACGGAGAAGGUAUACCAGCCAAGCUGAUUGUCAAUCAUAAGGCGGUAGAUGUCGACGUUCAGGCUGGAGAGAUCACUUUCAGCAACGGCGAGAAGGUACGACAUGACGUUGUCAUUGGUGCCGAUGGUAUCGGUUCCGCCCUCCGAAAUGUUAUGGGAAUCAAGACUGUUCGAAAGCCCGCGACAUGCACCUGUCUCCACACGAACGUGGACACCGAGAAAGCUGUCAAACUUGGUCUGGUAGAUUACUCGCAGGACAGCGCCCUAGAGUACUGGGGCGGCUACGACACCCAUUUCAAAAUUGUGCUCUCGCCGUGUAAUGGCGGCAAGUUGCUGUCGUACUAUUGCUUUUUCCCACGAGAGGCAGGCGACCUCCGAGCCCAGACUUGGGAUCAAGAAGCUUCGCUCGACGAGCUGCUUGCUCCAUAUCCGGAUCUGGAUCGGCAGGUCUUCAAACACCUCGAGAUUGGAUACGAGAUUCGGCCAUGGCGAUUGUGGCUUCAUGAACCCUACCCCUUGUGGACGAAGGGCGUGGUCGCUCUCAUGGGUGACGCAGCACAUCCGAUGAUGCCAGACCAGAGUCAGGGUGCCUGUCAAGCCAUUGAAGAUUCGGCCGCGCUAGGCCUUGUCUUCAGCAAAGAGCACUUCAAUGGCGACAUUCAGGAGUCCCUGGCAGUGUUUGAGCAGGUCCGCAAACCUAGAGCAACCAAGGUGCAAGCUGCAUCUGCAAAGGCGCGUGAAAACAUUAACGAACGUAUUGGGUUUUCGGACAAUACGGACACAGCCGUGUACAAGGUCUCCGACGAAUCCAACAAACUCACCAUCGAGGAAAUGAACAGGUAUGAUAUGAAGGGUCAUGUUGCAGAUGUAUUCAGAGCACGUCGCGAGGACAGGAUUUGA